AUGCACUGCACUCGGCAGUCCCUGCUUGGCUCUGACCCGCGAAAUGCCCCCGCCAUCAUAGUUUACAUAGGGAUCGCGGAUCCAGACAAGUUCAAGAUCGCCCUCAUUGACAAGGAGCCGCAGCUGGUUAACGAGCUCUACGGGCGUCUGUUCGCGACGUGGACGCUGCUGACCUGCGGGCUGUGCCUCAUCUGCGCUCGCAACCCGACCAACCCGGCCAUCUAUGGCGCCACGCUGCUGUCGUUUGUGGUGGCGCUGGCCCACUUCUUGACAGAGCUGCUCGUGUUCAAAACAAUGAGCCUCAAGGGCGCCGCCUCGCCCAUGGUGGUGGCCGGGCUCUCUGUUCUGUGGAUGGGGGCGGGAUGGAACUACUACACUUACCACGUCAACCACGACGAGCUGCCAGCGGCGGCCGAGGCGUGA